CUAAGGCAUGUGAUACGUGUAGUUGUCAUAAUGCCGUUAGAUGCAAUGAUGAAAGCUCUUAGUCAGUUAUUAAAUGUCUUAAGGAAAGGAUGUGCAAGUAUCAUGAGCAAGAUGGAGGCUGGAUUCAAGAAUGAGGUGAUAAUUGGAGAGACUGUGAGUGGAGUCUUCUGCCUGGAAGUGGCUGUUUAACUAAAGCAGAUUCAUUCAUGGUUUGGUACCAACUUAUAUUCAAUCUUUUUUUGGUAUAAUGUACUUUACAAAUUUACAACAAAUAAUAAAAUUCAUUUAAUUCUGUGUCUAAAUUUGUGCAAGAGGGUAGCUGUUUUCUGAAUUUCAAAACAGGGCAAAACAGCCCGACUAUUAAUAACAGUAUAGUUAGUGUAUAGUAAGUUCUCAAGGUGGAGCUCAUUUGAUAAUGAUUAUUAGUAUACAAAGUGUGAUAUUAUUAAUGUAGCUUUAAAAUAGAAUGAGCAGAGUAAUCUACAUUCUACCAAAUAAUUUAGCCUAAUAUAAUGAUAUUAUAAGGACAUUUGUAUAAUAUUUCAUGACUCCUCCACGUUGCAUAAGUGACGUAGUAAUUAGAAUAGCACGUGAUACUAAUUAGAAUAACACGUGAUACUACUAGGACAAAGAGAAAACACACGGCAGUGUCUUUUACACUUGAAAAGGCAUAAUCUGAUGGAUUUCAAAGAGUGUAGAGUAAGCCUACCAACAGACAGGUAUCUGAUGGAGCCUUUCAAAGAGUGUAUAGAGUAUAUUGAAGAGCGUUUCAAAGACUGUACAGAGCAUGUCAAAGAGUUUGUCAACAAGUGUACAGAGUGUAUUCGCAAUUAUCUAGGGCUAGCAGCCAAUCAAGGCUGUCAAGAUGCCAAAGAUGCGUCAUUGAGUGAUAUACGUAUUGAUUAUCCACAAACUCCAGGUAAAAAUAAAGCCAAUCAAAGUUGUCAAGAUGCCAGAGACGAGGAAUUUCGUGGAGUAACCAUUGAUGAAAUUGAUCCAGAUGCUUUCGUCAUUCCAGAAAAAAAGAAAGCCAAAAACAAUUAGCUCUAAACAAUCUGCUAUGUGAAACCCCCCAAUUUUGCUGGUAUUGUAUAAUAACUUUAAUUUGAUGGAAUUUUGUUUUGGCA